GCCAAAGCCAAAGGGACGGCUUCUGAAGUUCACAAGUCAGGCCAGCAAGCCGCGCACCAUGGGGCUGGCACGCAGCGAGUGAUCGUGCUCUAUCUGAGAGACGUCUGUGCCAUUUUAAGCUAAAACGCUACAUCUGUCCGGAACGGGUAGAGCCUGGUCUGGUCUGCCGCGUAAAGUUUGGAGGAGUUCAACUGAGCAGGAGCGGUGGAAAGAACAGCAGCAGCCACGAUGUACCAUGAAGAAACAACCGCGUUACAAAAACCACGUUAUGGAACCAUUCAGGAUGACGAGAGGCUGUCGGCGGAGGAAAUGGAUGAGCGGCGCAGGCAAAACAUCGCCUAUGAAUACCUGUGUCACCUGGAGGAAGCCAAACGAUGGAUGGAAGCCUGCCUUGAUGAACACCUUCCACCAACCACAGAACUGGAAGAGGGAUUAAGAAAUGGUGUUUACUUGGGCAAACUUGCAAAAUUCUUUGCUCCCAAAAUGGUAUCAGAGAAGAGAAUCUAUGACAGAGACCAGUCCCGAUAUAAGAGCAAAGGCCUUCACUUCCGACACACAGACAACACAGUGCAGUGGUUAAGGGCCAUGGAGUCGGUGGGUCUCCCGAAGAUUUUCUAUCCUGAAACUACAGAUGUUUAUGAUCGCAAAAACAUGCCCAAAGUGGUGUACUGCAUACAUGCACUCAGUUUAUACUUGUACAAACUUGGCAUUGCACCUCAAAUCCAAGACCUUUUGGGUAAAGUUGCUUUCACAGAGGAAGAAAUCAGUAACAUGAGGAGUGAGUUAGAGAAGUAUGGCAUUCAGAUGCCAGCCUUCAGUAAGAUUGGAGGCCUCUUGGCUGACGAGCUAUCUGUGGAUGAGGCUGCUUUGCAUGCUGCGGUUAUUGCCAUCAACGAGGCAAUCGACAGAGGACAAGCAUCUGCAACACUGGGAGCUUUGAAUAAUCCUAAUGCCAUGUUGAGGAACAUUGAUGAAGCUUUGGGCCAGGACUACCAGGACGAACUGAGCCGGGCUAAAGCACUCAAACAGGAGCAGUCUGCUGGACGGCGCUUGUCUGUUUCAACUGAAGAGAGAGAUGUUUAUGAAGAACUGCUCACUCAGCAGGAGAUUCAGGGCUGCAUUGAUCUUGUUAAUACCCAAACUGCCAUAGUAAAGGUGAAUGAAGCGGUGAUGGCACAGGACAUGGCUGCCCUCUUAAUUGCACUUAAACUGGAAGCAUUAGCCUUGUUAGGUGUUCAGGAAGCUAACAGCCACUGGUACCUUGAGCAGUUCACCACAUACUGCCAACAUAAAGCCCAGGAAGGAGGGAAGGCCAUUAUGACUGACAAAAGUGAAAUUCAGAGAGUUGUCACUUCAUGUAAUGAUUUUGCAGAAGCAGAGAAACGAAAACUAGAUGCAGUUGCUGCCAUUAACACGGCCAUAAGACUCGGCAAUGCAUCAAACACUGUAGAGGAGCUAAUGAACCCUGAGGCCCAGCUGCCCUUAGUUUACCAAAGUGCUGCCAAACUUUAUCAAACUGAGCUGUUCAGCCUCCAACUGCAGACAGGGGGACGGACUGGCCUGGGGCAUGAGGAGCUGAGUGUAGCUGUGGAGAUGCUGUCCGCUGUAGCUGUUCUGAACGAGGUGCUGGACACAAAAGACCCCCACGCUGUGAUUGAACAACUCACUGAUUCCCCCCUUGGCUUCACCAACAUAGACCCAGAAAACCUCCACCGGUAUGCUGACACUCUGAUCAAGGAGCGAGCUGAGGCCCUUUCAAUUGGACAGGAGUUUCUCACAUGGAAUGAUGUUCAGAAGUGCAUUGAUGUCGUCAACAUUCAAGUAAUUGAAGAACAUGAACGUGUUAUUGCUAUAGCUGAGAUCAAUGAGGCUCUUAACUCUGGUGAUUAUCAGCAGACACUGGCAGCACUUAUGUUGCCCACAGCAAAGUUAACAGGGGUGAACCCAGACACAGCCAAACACUACCACGAUGUCCUUCUGUACACAAAGCAGCUGCUCUGCCAGAGCUCGGGAGAUGAGUCACUGGUUUUGUGGCUGGACCAAAUUCAAGAAGCUAUUGACACAGCCAAUCAAAAUGAAGAGGAUGCUCUCUCAAUGGCUGGAGCAAUAGCUCAUGUGAACAAAAUGAUUUCUGAGGGAAACGCUCAGAACACACUAGAGGCCUUACAGGCGCCCCCUGCUGGAUUGAGGGGUGUACUACCUGAAUGUGCUGACAAUUACCAGUCAGAACUGGCACAAAAACAAGCCAGCAGUUGUAAUGAAGCCACUACAGAUGGUGUGUGGGUUAAACAUUGCAUUAAAGAGCGUUAUAACUAUUACUACAACUUACAGGCUGGACAGGGCACAUGGGUGGAACCAGUGGACUUUGAACACAACAGUAAACAUUUGAGUAGAGAAGGAAUUCAGGUUGUUGUUAACUCAGUUACUUCAGAUUAUAACAGAGAGCAGUUAUGGUUAGCCAAUGAGUCGAUGGUAACAGUGCUUCAGGCUCAGAUCAGAGGCUAUUUGGUUAGAAAGAAACAUGCUGAAAGAAUGCAAUAUCUGCGCCAACAUGAGGAUCAGGUGGUAAAACUGCAGGCUUGUUGGAAAGGGUACAAACAAAGAAAGCUGUACAAGGAGAGAAUGAAUUUACUGAAAAAAAAUGUGGAUUCUGUUGUCAAGAUACAGUCCCUUGUGAAAAUGUGGAAAGCCAAACGAAAAUACAAUGAAAGGUUACAGUUUUUCAAAGACCAUGAAAAAGAGAUUGUAAAAAUCCAGGCUUUUCUAAAGGCCAACAAAGCUCGAGAUGACUACCGAACACUAACUGGAGCAAAGGACCCCCCUCUGUCAGUUGUGCGUAAGUUUGUCCAUUUGUUGGAGCAAAGCCCCUUGGAUCUACAGGAGGAGCAGGAGGUCACCAGGCUCAGAGAGGAAGUUGUGACAAAGAUUCGUUCAAACCAACAGAUGGAAAAAGAUCUGAAUUUAAUGGAUAUAAAGAUUGGUUUACUAGUGAAGAACAGAAUUACUCUACAGGAUGUGGUAACCCAUAAUAAGAAAAUGAAGGACCUAAAGAAAUCCAAUUCAGAGGAUUUCAUCAGUGGAGCGAGGCUGGGGAUAAAGGGUCUCAGCAAAGGCAAAAGGAGGAAGCUCGAGGCCUAUCAGCAUCUCUUUUACCUACUGCAGACUAAUCCAUCUUAUUUGGCCAAGCUCAUUUUCCAAAUGCCCCAAAACAAGUCAACAAAAUUUAUGGACACUGUUAUUUUUACUUUGUACAACUAUGCGUCCAACCAGAGAGAGGAAUAUCUGCUACUCAAGCUCUUUAAGACUGCACUAGAAGAGGAAAUCAAGUCUAAGGUAGAUCAGAUCCAGGACAUAGUGACUGGAAACCCGACGGUCAUCAAGAUGGUGGUGAGUUUCAACAGAGGAGCACGAGGCCACAACACUCUGCGACAGCUGCUAGCACCUGUGGUGAGGGACAUCAUCGAGGACAAGAGUCUGGACAUCAACACCAACCCUGUGAGUGUGUAUAAAGCUUGGGUCAACCAACUGGAGACCGUCACAGGAGAGGCCAGCAAACUGCCUUAUGACGUCACUCCAGAGCAAGCCAUGUCUCAUGAGGAGGUGCGCAACAGACUGGAGGCCUCCAGUCAGGCUCUGCGCUCUGCCACUGAUAAAGUCUUAAACUCUAUUGUGUCCUCGCUGGACAAUAUCCCUUAUGGCAUGAGGUACAUAGCAAAGGUUUUGAAGAACAGCCUCCAUGAGAAGUUUCCUGAUGCCUCUGAAGAUGAGCUGCUGAAGAUUGUAGCAAAUUUGCUCUAUUAUCGCUUCAUGAAUCCGGCCAUUGUGGCUCCUGACGGCUUUGACAUCAUCGAUAUGUCAGCCGGAGGUCAGUUGCACGUGGACCAGAGGAGAAACCUUGGCUCUGUGGCAAAGAUGCUCCAACAUGCAGCCGCAAAUAAACUGUUUGAGGGGGAGAACGCACACAUGACCCCAAUGAACAACUACAUCUCUCAGACUUAUGAGAAGUUCAGGGCAUUUUUCCAAGCAGCUUGUGACGUGCCUGAACCAGAGGAGAAAUUUAAUAUUGAUGAAUAUACAGACAUGGUGACUUUGAGUAAACCUAUUAUUUAUAUCUCGAUAGAAGAAGUUAUCAAUACACAUUCGCUGCUUUUGGAGCAUUUGGAGGCUCUCUCUCCAGAUAAGAACGAUCUUUUGCAUGAGUUGCUCCAGGACCUGGGAGAGGUGCCAGAUGUAGAAGCAUUGUUGGGUGAAGGUGCAAUUGAUCCUAAUGAUCCAAACAGAGAGGGCGCACUAAGCCAGCUCGCCAAGACUGAGAUCUCACUCACUUUAACCAGUAAAUGUGAGCUGCUGGAGGGAGAAGAUAAGGAUGUCAAGACCCUCAUUACCAAGACUAAAAAGCUCAUAGUGGAUGUGGUACGGAUUCAACCUGGAGAGUCAUUACUAGAAAUUCUGGAGACAGCAGCAACUCCCACUCAGGAGCUGGAGCACACAAAGGUUAUUGAACGACGAGCGAUGCAGGACGCACAAACCCCAGAGGGUCUGAAGAUUAGCGCCACACUGCUGGAGGAUGGGCAACUACCGCUCGAACAGAAGAAGAGGAAAAUCCUGAGAAACCUGCGCAACCUGGAGCAGGCAGGCGCGGUCACUGCUGCCAACAAAUAUCAAGACCUCAUCAAUGACAUUGCCAAGGACAUUCGCUAUCAAAGGCGCUACAGACAGAGGCGAAAGGCUGAGCUUGUGAAACUGCAGCAAACACUAAGAGCCUUGAAUUCCAAAGCAGCAUUUUACCAAGACCAGAUGAACUAUUAUGACACAUACAUCAAGACCUGCCUAGAUAACCUCAAUCGCAAAAAUUCCCGUAGAUCAAUAAAACUGGACAACAAAGGAGAGGACAAAGGCAGUAAAAAGUGGAAGCCCCAUUCACUGAAGUACACAGCAGCACGUCUGCACGAGAAGGGAGUCAUUCUAGAGAUUGAGGGUCUUCAGACAAACCAGUUUAAAAAUGUUAUGUUUGACAUUUCACCAACUGAAGAAGUCGGAGAUUUUGAGGUCAAAGCCAAAUUUCUGGGAGUGGAGAUGGAGAAAGUGCAGCUACAUUUCCAGGACCUCCUUCAGCUGCAGUACGAAGGUGUAUCUGUCAUGAAGAUGUUCGACAAAGCCAAAGUCAACGUCAAUCUUCUCAUAUUCCUCCUAAACAAAAAGUUCUACGGGAAAUGAACAGGAAACCAGAUAAAUGUAACUUGAAGGGUGCCUUACGCUUUGUAACCAUUAUUUUAUGUCCUAUCAAAAAGAAACUUAUUGUUAUUGUGUGUUAUGUGGUAAAUGUAAUGUAUUCUGUUUUAAAAUAAUUUGUAAUUCUUUUUGUAUGUAUAAGACGCUAAAGAAAAUUUGUUUAUAAUUUAGUUAAGGAAUUUUGAUUUAACUUCAUGCAUUUAUGUAAGUGCCUUUUAAAUUAUCUUUAAACCAAAAUAUUUUAAUUAAUAAAAUAAAAAAGAAGAAAAAUGUA